AUGGAUAUAAGCUUAGAACAGAUGGAGCGUUAUGUGCCCCCAAUUAAUCCUGCAACUUACUCUAUCCUCUCUGUAUUGCUUUUGGCGAUUGGAGCUUUCUUUAUGGCAUGCUUCAGUUUUCCUUGGCUGUGGAACACUGUUUCUCCUACUGUGGGUUGGAAUCUAUGUUUAGGUAAUUACGUGGGAGGAGGUUCGGCGUUUUUCGGGCGGCUUUUUUCUUUACAAUUGUUUUUUCCUUUCAAUAUUUUGUAUUAUUUUUAUGGCAAUCAUAAACAAAAUACAUACUUUUACAGACUUAAUUUCUCGUUUCUUGGGAUCGUCAUUUUCGUGGUAGAGCAUAUAGAGAAGAAGGUCAGGGGAUUAAUAACAAACAAUACAGGUAGGUGCAAUAAUCCUAAAGAAGUUUAA